CAAGCGGAGCCCUCGGCGCCCCAUGGCCGCGCCCAACAGCACAACGUUCAGUCACCUCAGCUUCAUCCUAGUCGGCAUCCCGGGCCUGGAGCCCUGGCACCCCUGGAUCUCCAUCCCCUUCGCGCUGAUGUACACGGCGGCUGUUCUGGGGAACUGUGGUCUCCUCCUGCUCAUCGCCACCCAGCGCAGGCUGCACGAGCCCAUGUUCCUUUUCCUCUCCAUGCUGGCGGUGGCCGACUUGCUGUUAUCCACCUGCACCGUGCCCAACACGCUGGCCAUCUUCUGGUUCGGGUUCAGGGAAAUUUCUCUCAAUUCCUGCAUCAUCCAGGUGUUCUUUGUGCACUUUGCAAGUGUUGUUGAGUCCGGUGUCCUGCUGGCCAUGGGGUUCGAUCGGUACGUCGCCGUCUGCGACCCCCUGAAAUACACGACUGUCCUCACCAAUGAGAAGAUCGGGAAAAUAGCCACGGCCAUUGUCGUCAGAAGCUUUUGUAUUGUUGUCCCCAUUGUUUUUCUGCUCAAACGGCUGCCCUUCUGCGCAAGCAAUAUCAUCCCACACUCCUACUGUGAGCACAUCGGGGUGGCCAGGCUGGCCUGUGCAGACAUAACCCCAAAUAUCUGGUAUGGCUUCGCAGUGCCUAUUUUAACCGUUGUACUAGACGUUGUGUUUAUUGCUGUCUCUUAUGUACUGAUCCUCAGGGCUGUCUUCAAGCUGCCCACCAAAGACGCCCGACACAAAACACUCGGCACCUGUGGCUCCCACGUCUGUAUCAUCCUCUUAUUUUAUGUCCCAGCCUUUUUCACUCUCCUAAGCCACCGCUUUGGUCAGAACAUCCCUAAACACAUUCACAUCCUGCUGGCCGAUCUCUACGUGCUCGUCCCCCCCACACUGAACCCCGUUGUUUACGGGAUGAAAACCAAGCAGCUGCAGGAACAAGUGAGUUGUGUGUUGUCUCGGAAGGGGAAUUGUUGCUAAACGGUGCUGAGCAUAGACCAAUGCCACUCACUAGCAGGCUUCUUCCACAUUGCAAGAAGAG